AUGUCGGCGGCCGCGGCUGGGGACGGCCUCCUCCGUGGCGUGUUCGACGGCUGCAUCCCCGUCCGGGACACGGGCUUCGAGCACCGGCCGUACCACAAGAACUGCAAAUGCGCCCUCCACAAGUCCCGGGGCUGCCGCGGCCACUCCUCUCGGUGCGGCGCCGUCUCGUACCCGAUCCGGAGGACGUGGAGCGAGGGCUGCUUAGUGCUGAUGAAUCCUGCGCCGGCGCCGACGGCCCCGCCGCCGUCUCCGCCCGUCGCGCAGGGGGGGAUCUCCCGGACGCAGACGCAUCUGGUCUUAUGCCGGGAGGAUCUUGAGGAGGAGUGA